AUGAGCAGCGUCACCCUUAAACUCCGCCAGAAGCGGUCCAUGACGCGCCUUCUUAAUGAAGGCCGCUCGAUUCUCGAGUACAACUUCGACCCAACCGCCUUCAUCGUCCCCCGGUGGAUCUUGGCGCCCCCCCGAGUCUACGGCAUGAAGAGUCUCAUGGUCGCCCGCGACCACCGCUACUUCGAGCUUUGCCCCAAGGACAUGGCCCCCGUUCUCUACCAGCUCCAUCAAUCCUCCAUGCGUCGUCUCCUCGAAUGGAAAGAGGAUUGGAACUUCACCGACCCGACCCUUGCAGCCUCUGCCAAAAUCCCCCGCGACACUCUGCAGUUCUGCGUCGACUCGAUCGCCUACGGAAAGUUUACCUGCGAUUACACCAACAAGAUCGACGGCUUUAUGUCUGGUCCUUUCCAGAACUGGCGCCAGUUUCGCAUGGAGAUCGGGCACCUGGCCUUCCGUCUCAUGAGCCACAGCCCCCACGACUACAACGAGUGGCGUGCCUGGUGGGAGGGCAAGUUUUCUGAUGACAUGUGGAAAUGGGAGGUUUGCCUUGAGGGCUUGAUUCUUCCUACCUGGGAGGAGAUCAUCGAUGAUGUUUACCUGAUGAUCAACGAUCGAGUUGAGGAUGCCCAAGAAUUGGCCAACACCUUCUACAUCAGCACCCCCGGGCUGACUUCGACCACUUAG